AUGAAUCUAGAGCAGCUCAGUUUUUAUUUCGACUUUGUCAAAGUCAUCGUGUCGCAUCUUGCCAUGAUGGCAGUGCAGAAAGGGCAGUCGAUUAUUCAUAAAGCUACGUAUCGACUGUUACCUGACUCACGUGUCGUCGUCGUCGUCGGAGGUUCUUUUGCGGGGAGUCUUGUUGCCCAGCGCCUGGCUCACACGCUGCCCUCCGGUUAUCGGGUCAUUCUCAUUGAAAAGCACUCUCACUUCAACUACGCGUUCAGCUUCCCUCGAAACUCCGUCUUGUCAGGACGAGAGCAUAAUGCCUUCAUUACGUACGACAACAUUGCUGCCGGUGCUCCGGACGGUAUCUUCCAGCGAGUCUGCGACGAAGCAUCUGACAUCACGGAGACCCAUGUUCACACCGUCGGUGGUGUCUCCCUUCCUUACGAUUACCUCGUCAUCGCCACUGGCGCAGCCCAGCCUCCUCCAGCUCGAUUGAAUGCACGGAUCAAAGAAGACGCGAUUGAAGAGCUACGAGGGUUCCAGCAACGCGUCGCCAAGGCCGACAGAAUCGCGGUCAUCGGCGCUGGAGCGGUUGGUGUUGAACUGGCUGCCGAAAUCAAAGAAGAGUACCCCAACAAAAAGGUUACCCUCAUUCAUUCCCGACAACAACUUCUACCAAGGUUUGGUCGGAAGCUCCAUGAUCAUGUCAUAUCUGCACUUAAGAAUCAAGAUAUCGAGGUCAGAUUAGGCGAGAGACCUGACUUCCCAAGUGAUGCUGGCCAAUCUGUCCGGGAGACCAGUCUCACCUUUUCCAACGGAGAGACCAAGACCUUUGACCUCGUGAUUCCCUGCACUGGCCUUCGCCCACGAUCUGACAUCCUCGCCGCAUAUUCUCCCAAGAGCAUUGCAUCAAAUGGCGAGAUCUUAGUCAAACCAACACUCCAAGUCGAGAACCUGCCCUCGCCCCAACAGCACAUCUUUGCAGUCGGCGAUGUUGCCCAGACUGGAGGCGCAAAGCAAGCUCGGGCUUGUAUGAUGCAAGGCGAGGUUGCAGUCCAAAACAUACUCAGCCUUAUCAAGAGGAACAGUGCCACCAAAGAAUACAAGCCACAAUUCUUUGAAGGCAUGCUAAACUUGACAUUGGGGACGCAUAGCGCUGUCGUGCAUAUCCAGAAAGGAGAUUACGAGCUGCUUAAGGCAACUAAGGGACCAGACGCGGAUUUGGAUGUAGGAAAGAUGAGAUGGCAGCUCAAUGCAAAGUCGGGAUGA